AUGACACCGUCCAAUACCUUGAUUCUCCCUUCCGAUGCGCCCUCUCGUCUAGCGCGCAGGAAAGGCGGCGGUGGGAAAGGUGGCGGCAAGAGCUCUAGCUCUAAAGGAGGGAGCUCGGGUAGCUUUGGCAAAUCGACGAGUAGCAGCACCCACACAUCCUCGAGCAAAACCAUAUCUACGCCCCAUCUUCUGGGAGGGCAGGCGAGCGCCGUCACAUAUAGCAGUGGUGGUGGCAAGACAUCGAAGAUCACCAGUGGUGCAUUCGAAGGGCGCACCGUCGGCGGUGGCUCACGAUCAGGGAUAUACGGAACGAGCGUCUACGGAAGUGGCUACCCAAACCGCCCCUUCGGAAGCAGUGGCGUCGUAGGCCAACCGUUUCCGUACUACUACUACCCUCUGGUUUGGGAAACACCUCCUACAUCGUCUUAUCCGCCGUACCUGAAUGCGACUAGUGAAUAUGGAUCGCCCUCAAAUGGCUCACGCCCCGGUGGCGUGCUCAUGCAAGCUACGCUGCGAUCCAACAUCACAAACUCCACUUUCCACUUCCUCGCCGACAACAGCACAGUGCUCGCCGUCCUACCCCUCAUAAGAGCGAACUGCUCCCUUCACGGCAACCUGAAUAAUGCGACGUCAUCCUCAGUUCCCUUUGCGUACACCGAAGAAAACUCAACUUCUCCGCACGCUGUUGACGCCGUGCAGUACUAUCGCGCCAGCUCUGCUGUUCUGACGUUGGAAGGCUACAAUAACACGGUGGUGUUAAGUAAUGUUCCCAACGCUACGGCGUUGCCGCUACCUGCUAGCGUAGAUCAGACACUCUUGACGUGCUUGAAUGCCACUAUCGGGCCUGCCAUUCCACUCGUCGACGCUCCCGCAAAGUUCCACUUGAGUGUGGGAGGAUAUAUCUUCAUCGUCAUAGCGGGUUUGAUCGUACUCUUCUUUCUUGCAUUCCUUGCUCUCUGCAUCACUGUGAAGUGCUGUGAUUGGAAGGACAGUAGGUCUGAGAAGAGGAGCUUCAGAGCAACGCUCGUGCAGAUCAUGGCACUCUGUCAGAGGAGGCGCCCUACGGAGAGAGUCAACUACCACAAUGUACCAAAUCCGGACACUCAGGACGCCCAUCCCGCGAUGAAACAAUACCCGCACACUAUGUAUACCCUUCCCCCUUACGACCCUCCACGGACAGUUACCACCGGACGCAAUGGAACCCUUGAGUACCACUUUAAUGUUGAACGAGUCUCCCCUGCUGUAGCAUAG